UCCCUAUGUAGACACAACGAACUGUAGCUGUAGCUCUUCACCUUCGAAAAAUGGCCGAGAAAUGGAAUCGCACAGCUCUUCUUGUAAUCGACAUGCAGAAAGAUUUCAUUCACGAGGAUGGUCUUAUGCGAGUAAAUGGAGGCAAAGCCAUAGUCCCCAACGUAAUCAAGGCCGUCCAAGUAGCUAGGCAGCGUGGAAUUCUCCUAAUUUGGGUUGUUCGUGAGCAUGACCCGUUAGGGAGAGAUGUUGAACUGUUUAGAAGGCACUUAUAUGGUGAUGGUAAAGUGGGACCCACAGCUAAGGGAAGUGUGGGUGGAGAGCUAGUUGAAGGGCUGGUGAUUGAAGAAGGGGAUUAUAAAUUGGUGAAGACCCGUUUUAGUGCUUUCUUUGCUACUCAUCUUCAUUCAUUUCUUAAGGGUGCUGGCAUUGAUAGUUUGGUUAUCACUGGUGUUCAGACUCCAAACUGUAUAAGGCAGACUGUGUUUGAUGCCGUGGCUUUGGAUUACCAGCCUGUUACAGUUAUUGUUGAUGCCACGGCUGCCGCUACACCUGAGAUACACGCCGCCAACAUAUAUGAUAUGAAGAAUGUCGGAGUUGCAACAUCAAGCUUACAAGAAUGGUGUGAGCAUAAUGCUUGAUGGUCGGGACUAGGGAUCCAUUCCGCUCGAUGAUGGCAGUAGAACAGCAGUGUAAACAUGUCUAUUCCAACAAGAGCUAUUUCCCUGCUUUGGUUAGUUUUUAAUCGUUGCAACUUGAAAUAUCAACUCGUAUUUCCAACCAUCACCACUUGCUCCGCUUUGUUCACUAAACCACUAUGUUAGAUUGAAAGCAAUCUUGAUUUUUCCUUAUUCAAA